AUGGUGAUUCAUCGCAAGACCGGUUAUUUUAACUUUCUGAAAACAAAGGGCGAUGAAAUGAAGGCACAAAAAAUAGUGGAGAAAGUGGAUAUGAAAACGAAGAAGGAAAUCGCUAAUAUGUGGCAAAAGUUGGAUGCUACUCAGAAAGCAGAGUAUGAAUCUAAAACACCUUCAACGAAUGCCUCGAACAAGAGUUGUUUGAAGAUAGCCACACGAUGCAGUCCGAAGGAUAUAAAGGACACUAUAAAUGUUUUAAGUGAUGAGAAAAAAGAAGCCAUUGAAGAAAUGGGAUUUGUUUCGUUGUUGGAAAUGAAGUGCCGAAAACUGUCACAUUCAAUGUGUGUUAAGGAUGGAGGAGAGGAAGUUGACUUCACUGGAUCUAUGGAUGACCAAGACAUUGUAAAGUUCAAUACGAAAGGAUGUGGCAACUUUGGUGGCCACUAUUGCUCGUAUGGACGAAUCGCUCUCCAAUAUUAUGUCUGUGUUAUCAUCAAAAAUGAAGAGAAAGAAAGAACAUUGCGCACUCCAUGCCCUCAUGAACUGGAAGUUAAACUGAAGAAGGAAGAUGAUAACAUGCUUGAUAUGGGGUGUGAUGGGGGACAAAAAUUCCUUGGAAAUACUAAACCUCCAAAAAGUAGGCCAAACAAAGAAAACGGAACUCCCAACGAGCAAGAUGACAAUGUUAAAGGAUUUGCAACUGUUGAUAAAACUUCGGCUCCCUCUAUUGAAGUCAUCCGUGAAAGAAAACAUGCAAAACAACCUCAGAAUGAGGAUAAAAUGGGUCACAACAAAGUUAAAAAUUUGUUCUUAGAGAAUUGUAGUUCAACUUCAACAAGGGAUCCGAUAGUGACGCGUGCAACAGCGAAUAGAAAGCCGGGUCCCCACAAGAGAACUCCUUAUGAAGACAUCAAUGAGUUGAAAGCUAAAGCAAAUGCAAAAACCCGACAAGUAAUUGCUCACGAGCAGAUUAUGAAGAGAUUGGGUGUCGGUCCAUUCCGGAUGACCAACGAUAUUUCUGAAGAUGAUAGAGAUCUACUAAGUUUGCAUUUUGUUGCAAUCCAUUGGAUCCAAAAUGAACUACUCGUUGACACUGGGGCUGUAGCUAUAGAUCAUCACCAUUUGAGAAGCCUUGCCCCUGGGUCACCUCUCUUUGAUGAUAUAAUCAAUGUAAUGGCAGACUAUUUAUAUGAUACCACCUCCACAAAAUGGUUCCUACCUACGUAUUUUUGGUCGGAAUGCGCCAAGUUCGCACGUCCCAGUGAUCGUAUGACAUCAUGUGCUAGGACACACAACUUUUGUCUCGCAAGAUUUAAUGGGCGACUGAAGGAUUGCAUGCAGAUCUAUAUUCCGAUGCACGAGGAUGUAAUUGGUCACUGGUAUCUUUUUAUUUGUGACAUUUUCCAUAAGAAAGCUGAAAUUUGGGAUAGUUUACCUGAUGCGCGUCACAAUAAGAAACGCGAGAACGAUUGCCAUAUUAGUUACGACUCUAAUGAACAACAAAUGCGACUUGCUAUUGAGUUGGUCCGAAAUGAAAAAAAUCUAUUGUGUGAUGCAAUAACACGUGAAGCAUUGAAAGUGAUGGAAAAUGGAUCUGAUUUUAUGGCGAAGGGGAACAAGAUUGGUAAUGUUGAGGUUAAAGACAUGGAUGUGGCAGAUGUGACCGUUAGAAGAAAGAGGGUUUAUAUUCGGAAACAAAAAAAAUCAGCAGUGACUAUACCAAAAACACGUACAGGCCGCAGUCAGCCUAGACCUCGGCGCCACUAA